UGGCAACAACGUCACCUCCUUUCCGCAAGGUGGCUGUCGCAGAGUUGCGGCGAUUAAUUUCGCUAUCUGGGCAAAUCCACCGUAAUCUAACCUAAUUAAGGGCUUCUUUCGCUCCCUACCGCGCGCACGAACUACACACGAUGCCUCCCAAGUUUGAUCCGACAGAGGUUAAAGUGGUGUGCCUACGAGCCGUUGGCGGUGAAGUGGGUGCCACAUCUGCCCUGGCUCCGAAGAUUGGUCCCCUCGGUCUGUCGCCGAAGAAGGUCGGUGACGACAUCGCCAAGGCGACGCAGGACUGGAAAGGCCUGAAGAUCACCGUCAAGCUCAUCAUCCAGAACAGGCAGGCCACCAUCGAAGUCGUGCCCAGCGCUGCCUCGCUCAUCAUCAAGGCUCUCAAAGAGCCACCACGCGACCGCAAGAAGGUCAAGAACGUGAAGCACAGUGGCAACCUGACUUUCGAUGAGAUCCUCACGAUUGCGCGGACAAUGCGGCCCCGUUCCAUGGCACGGAGCCUGGCUGGCACUCUCAAGGAGAUCCUGGGCACGUGCCAAUCCGUUGGCUGCACCGUCGAUGGCUGCCACCCGCACGACCUCAUCGACAAGGUGAACAGCGGUGACGUCGAGGUGCCCGAGGAGUAAAUACGGGAUCAAGCUUGUACAGAGUUCUUUUCGCAAGUUUGACUUCAAAAAGGAAUAAAAGAGGAAAGAAGCCCCCCAAAACAA